AUGAUCAAUUUGUUUUGUCUCGAAUCAAUAACCAAACAAGUGUUCUUUUGGUCACAAGAGGAACGAACGGCGGACGCUCUACUUCCUAUUUACACCGAGAACGAUUUCGGAUCGGUGUCCCGUGUCCUUCGUGAAAACACUGAUCCCACCAUCCAGUCAUGUGCUUCGCGACUUCGUCAUGGAAACUGUCCAUCAGUUGAAGGCGCUCAGCUGAUCACGACUGUUGUCAACUGGAACAAAAGCGAUAGUGGAGCAGCUCAGUUUCGCAUUUGCUGCACAGAAUCACUUCGAACAGCUGAACAAUGCAUCAGAGAGCGGAUACACUCCACUGAUGUGCGCUGUAGCGGACGGAAACUGGACAGCCACUGUAGCGCUUCUCUCUCUCGGAGCUCAACGUGA